AUGCCAGGCACAUCCCAGAAAGGCAUCCGGGAAUGAGUAGAGUCCAGCUGGCGUGGGACAGCGGCCGCUUGGAGGGCUGGGGACCUGGAUUGGACCCAGCCACUGACAGGUGCCGGCACAGCCAGGCACCCGUGUCGUGUAGGCAGAGGGGACUUGGAGCCCAAGCCCUUCCCAUCUCACCCCCCUCCCGCUUCUGUUUUUCAGACUGUCAGCAUCAAUAAGGCUAUUAAUACACAGGAAGUGGCUGUCAAGGAGAAACACGCCAGAACAUGCAUCCUGGGCACGCACCACGAGAAGGGGGCGCAGACCUUCUGGUCAGUCGUGAACCGGCUUCCGCUCUCCGGCAAUGCUGUGCUCUGCUGGAAGUUCUGCCAUGUCUUCCACAAACUCCUCCGAGACGGCCAUUCGAAUGUCCUGAAAGACUCUGUGAGGUACAAGAACGAGCUGAGUGACAUGAGCAGGAUGUGGGGUCACCUGAGCGAGGGCUAUGGACAGCUGUGCAGCAUCUACCUCAAACUGCUGAGAACAAAGAUGGAGUUCCACACAAAAAAUCCCAGGUUCCCUGGCAACCUCCAGAUGUCCGACCGACAGCUUGAUGAGGCCGGAGAGAACGACGUCAAUAAUUUUUUCCAACUCACAGUGGAGAUGUUUGACUAUCUGGAGUGUGAGCUGAACCUCUUCCAGACGGUGUUCAACUCCCUGGACAUGUCACGCUCUGUGUCAGUCACUGCUGCAGGCCAGUGCCGCCUGGCCCCGCUGAUCCAGGUGAUAUUGGACUGCAGCCACCUCUAUGACUACACUGUCAAGCUCCUCUUCAAACUCCACUCCUGUCUCCCGGCUGAUACACUGCAGGGCCACAGGGACCGCUUCCUGGAGCAGUUCAGAAAGCUGAAGGACCUGUUCUAUCGAUCCAGUAACCUACAGUACUUCAAGCGGCUGAUUCAGAUCCCACAGCUUCCAGAGAACCCUCCCAAUUUCCUGCGAGCCUCGGCUCUGUCGGAGCACAUCAGCCCCGUGGUGGUCAUCCCUGCUGAGGCAUCUUCCCCAGACAGCGAGCCCAUCACUGAUCUAGUGGAGAUGGACACGGCAUCACAGAGUCUGUUUGACAAUAAGUUUGAUGACAUCUUUGGCAGUUCUUUCAGCAGCGAUCCUUUCAACUUCAACAGUCAGAACGGGAUGAACAAGGAUGACAAGGACUGGUUAAUUGAACAGCUUUACAGGGAGAUCGGUGCCCUGAAGGAGGAACUAGAAAACUUCAAGGCAGAGAGCGAGCGGCGGGCCCCGCCGGUGCGGGGGGGGAAGGCACAGGCGAACGAGCAGCGAUACACCAAGCUGAAGGAGAAGUACAGUGAGCUGGUGCAGAACCAUGCUGACUUGCUGCGGAAGAACGCAGAGGUCACCAAGCAGGUGACAGUGGCGAGACAGGCCCAAGGUGACGUGGAGCGGGAGAAGAAGGAGUUGGAGGACUCCUUCCAGCGGGUGAGCGAGCAGGCCCAGAGGAAGUCUCAGGAGCAAACUGAAGUCUUAGAAACGUUAAAGCGGGAGCUGGCAGCCAGCAAGCAGGAGUUGCAGGCCCUUCAAGGGGCGCUGGAGUCCAGCACACAGCUGGGAGUAGAGCAGAGCACCAGGAUAGCGGGCCUGGAGCAGGAGAGGAACAGCCUGAGCCAAGCGGCAGAGCAGCACUGUGAGGAGAUGGCAGCCCUGCGGGCUGAGCUUCAGCAGCUGCGGGACACGCUCAGCAGUGAGAAGGAGAGCAGCAAAAAGGUGCUGGAGACGCUGCAGACCCAGCUGAAAGACAAGGAGAGCGUGGAACAGGCCCUGCAGCAGCGCCUCAGCGAGGAGCAGUUUGCCCUGCUGCAGGGCACUGCGCAGGAGGCAGAGCGGAUGGUGCAGGACUCCCUCAGCCGCCUCGAAGACCCUACUCACAUCAGCUGCACAAGCUCAGCAGAUUACCUCCUGUCCAGGACGUUGGCAGCCUCUGACUGCAUAAAGAGGCUUCAGGAUGCACACAGCAAAUACCUUUCCGACCGCACAGGUGAGAGCCUGGCAGCCGGGGCGAAAGGGGCAGCUCCGGGGUUGUACUGGUGGUCUGCCACCUCCAGACGCUCCCUUGUGUCCUGGUGCCAGGAGCUGCGACCCAAAGGGCUGGAUGUCGAGCAGGAGGAGCUGGGCGAUCUGGUGGACAAGGAGAUGGCGGCUACUUCGGCAGCCAUAGAAACUGCAGCUGCCAGGAUCGAGGAGAUGCUGAGCAAAGCCCGGGCUGGCGACACUGGCGUCAAACUGGAAGUGAAUGAGAGGAUCCUGGGGUCCUGCACUGGUCUCAUGCAGGCUAUCCAAGUGCUGGUUCUGUCAUCCAAGGACCUCCAGAGAGAGAUUGUGGAGAGCGGACGGGGUGCAGCAUCCCCCAAGGAGUUUUAUGCCAAGAAUUCCCGCUGGACAGAGGGUCUCAUCUCCGCGUCCAAGGCCGUGGGCUGGGGAGCAACCGUCAUGGUUGAUGCUGCUGACCUGGUGGUACAAGGGAAGGGGAAAUUCGAGGAGCUCAUGGUGUGUUCCCACGAGAUCGCAGCCAGCACCGCACAACUGGUGGCAGCCUCCAAGGUGAAAGCCGACAAAGACAGCGCCAACCUGUCCAAGCUCCAGCAAGCCUCUCGGGGUGUCAAUCAGGCCACGGCUGGCGUGGUGGCCUCCACCAAGUCAGGGAAGUCACAAAUUGAGGAGAAAGACAGUAUGGACUUCUCCAGCAUGACACUAACCCAGAUCAAGCGUCAAGAAAUGGACUCUCAGGUGCGUGUGCUGGAGCUGGAAAACCAGCUGCAGAAAGAGCGGCAGAAGCUGGGGGAGCUCCGCAAGAAGCAUUAUGAGCUGGCAGGAGUGGCAGAGGGCUGGGAGGAGGAUGCUGCAGAUUAGCUCCCUGUGCCAGAAGCAGCCAUCCACAGAUGCCCCUUCGGUUGACUGGGACCCAGCUUGGAGCAGUCCUUUCAGAAGAUACACAAUAAACUGGUGCAAAAUCCGCCCCGAAGCACAUGUCCUCUGCAUUCCCCAAGAGCCACCUCCAGCGCCGCAGGACCGAGAGCUGCAUCGCCACUGGAGGAGGCCCCGGGGCCAGGAGUAAGGGCUCCCCAGCCGCCCUGCCUCACGCCAGCCGCAAACUGCACGUGUAUUUAUUAGAGCUGCUUGGGGGUCUCUGGGGUGGUCUCUAACCCUUUAGUUUCGUUUUUGCACAGAUUCUCUGAACUGUUUGGCCCAGGUCUGGCUGACUGAGAGCAUUAGGGUUUCCUUUGCCUCUUGCUGCUUCUCCAGCCUUAACGCGUUAACUGGCUCAGCGCAAACACCCCACCAGCAGCCUGCCGUGGUGCAAAGGGCCAUGGGCCCAGCGGCAUGGAGAUGCAGCAGGGUCAGGAAUUGGCUCUCCUGGUGCUGCUGGGCCACCUCUGGGCUUGGUGCUAGGUGUGCUCCCCCGGCCCCACGCAGCCCCCACUCCCACUCGGCUGCUGGGAGCAGCAGAGUCGGGGUGGUGCGUGAGCCUGCCGGCGGGGGCACUACGCGUGCCUUUGGCUGCUAUAAGAGCCAGAAUCCUAUGUGGCUGCGGGGUCAGGAGCUCAUUCGCACGUGACACAUCAUCUCCAGCAGCCUGGGAUGCUAAGCCCCGGCCAGUAGGAGCUACUGCCUCCUACGAGCCCAGUGUCUGCAGAGCUUGCAGGCCCAGUGGGUGGCUGGGGCAGGGCCAUGUUAGCUGGCCUGUCCCAUGGUCCCGAGUGCCGGGAGGCAGUGGCCAGACGGGGAACAUCCAGCAAUGAGGAGGUACUUGGGUUGGCAGCAGGAGAAAGGUUGUGAUGAGCUCCUGGCCCCUUGUCCCAAAAGUGCCCUCUCAGUAGCAAUGCUUGGAGUGGAAGAGAUGGGCCGGCUAGCCCGGAGCCUGUGGCCUGGGGGUCCUCGAGCAGCGUUGCCUUGUGCUGUCCUGCCCUAACAGAUCACUGUGUUAAUGCCAGCAAUAAACCACUCUACAAGGUGCUUGGCUCAGGCUUGGGCAACAUCUGCUCCCAAGCUACCACUGGAGCCACUGUGCAAGCAUUAGCCGCAGGCCAGCAGCUCCCAAGGGCAUGGAGUGGCUAUGGGGCAGCAGCACAGAGGGGCUGGGGGCCCCCCCCCCCACGUCCUCACCACCACCUUGGGUGCAGGGAGGAGCAGCAGUGUUCAUGUCCCCAGCACCCCAGGCGCUGUGCGCCGUUCCCAGGGCAAGGGUGGCCGUCGGGGCAGGUGCUGGAUGUACAGCCCAGGCUGGGGAACCUUUGUGCCUUGGAGCAAGGGGCGCUGAGGGCUGGGGGAUGUCUGCUGGCUCCCACCCCUCCGGGCCCCCUGGCUCGUCUUGCAGCAGGGUCGCCUUCUCCCUGCAGAGCCCCCACUGUGGGGACGGUGGUGUCAGACCAGCACGCAGCAAUACGCAGCAAUGUUAUUUUCCCACGCGGCCACCCUCUGCUCGCCCGCUUCCAUCCUGCCAGCAUCGAGGUUGUUUGGCUGGGACAUGCCUGCAGCCGAGCUGGAGAGCACGUCCAGCUCCCUUGGUGCAGCCGAGGCUCUCUGUUCCCAGCCCAACGGCAUCGCUGCCUGUGCGCUCCCUGAGCCAGCUUUGGAAAGCUGCUGGUUCUGGGGCUCAAGACAGCAGGGCCAGAUCCUGAGCAGGUGCUAGGCAUGCAGGAUUUGGCCCUUCUCCCUUUAGGAGGCAGUGGCAAUGCUUUGCGCUGCUUGUCCGAGGACUGAACGGGCUUCCUGGAGGGGGCUGGAGGGAUAGUCUCAGCACCAGUCACCUGGGGGUGCUGGACUUAGGGUAGAGGCUGCUACCUCUCACAAGUGCCGUCCUUUCGGUGACAUGUCAGCCACGCCAGCUCUCUUUGCUGGCUGGUACUUGUACCGGGAAGGUCCACCUGCCUCCCCCUGCCUAGCCAUCCUGGCACAUCCCCUCCGGGCCAGCCCACUCACCACCCCCUGGGAAAUGGCAUCACGGCGCCCUACGGCUGCCGG